GAAAAACAAAAAAAAUCACUAUCCAAUUCAUAACAUCAGUUUGUUUAACAAUGGCGGCAAUGACAUCUCACGAGAACCAGUAUGAUGCUCGCCAGUUUGAUUCUAAAAUGAAAGCGAUCCCUUCUCCUAUUCAGCAGAGAGGCAUUGUUCCGUUCUGCAAGGGCCUUGACGUAAUUCAACAGGCUCAGUCUGGAACUGGGAAAACUGCAACCUUCUGCUCUGGCAUCUUGAACCGGCUUGAUUGGGAUCUACUUCAGUGCCAAGCUUUGGUUUUAGCGCCUACUCGGGAACUCGCUCAGCAAAUUGAAAGGGUUUUAAAGUCACUUGGUGAUGUUAGUGACGACCUUCGUGUUAAAGUUCAUGCAUGCGUUGGUGGAACAAGUGUUCGUGAGGAUCAACGUGUUCUUCAAGCCGGAGUUCAUGUUGUCGUUGGAACACCUGGUCGUGUAUUAGACAUGCUAGGUAGACGAUCUCUUCGCUCUGAUUACAUCAAAAUGUUUGUGCUCGACGAAGCUGAUGAAAUGCUCUCUCGUGGUUUUAAGGACCAGAUUUACGACAUCUUCCAGCUUCUACCUAGCAACAUUUAU